CGAAAAUAUUGUCAGCAGCAGUGAAAACGUCAAGUUGUAGGUGUUGGAGCGGAGAUCAAUCGUUCGUAUUCUGCGACGCUGACAACGAAUCGUGGAUUCCAAGCUGUGAAAAAUAAGAAAUUUUUACAUUGGAAGAUAGAAAAAAAAGAGGCUCGAGAUCGCUGGUUCAUCGACUGGCACGUUUUUAACAAAGAUUAUAAACAAAAAUUACAAUGGACGAAGGAUUCGAUCCGUGCGAAUGCGUUUGGAGCAACUUGGCGGUGCAACGGCUUCUAUCGAUUUUACGUCAGACACAGACCGCCUGUACGGAAAAUGAAUGCUAUCCUACAACGAGGCUUCCCGGACCACAAAAUGAUCAACCGAGCACGGAUAUGUUCUUCUUGACGAUGAUAUUCGGCGUAGUUGCUCUACUUUAUGCCUUCAGGCCGAAUACUCUUCGUCGAAUGAGUAUCGAGGACACGAAACCUUUCGACAAUGCUCCUGGUUCGAACGAUGAUCCACCAGUUCCUCCUCCGGCAGCCAACUGAGAACGAACGAUUCUCCACUCGAUCCGGUGAUGAGGAUCUUAACGGGAGCUUCGAAAUAUUCGAAGUCAGCAAUCAUGGAUAACGAUACAGGAAUUAACGAGAAGAGAAAAAACUGAAAACAAAAGAAAACUGUGGGAGAGCGAGGGGAUGGGGCGGAAGGUUGAGGAGAGGCGUCGCGUGGAAAUAUCUGCUCAGUAAAAAGUAUUAAAAACCGAGAUACGAAAGCGAAAAAAGUAUAUAAAUAUGAAUCCGUAUAAGAUGAAGAUAAUCUCGAUAAUAAGCCGGGUAAAUGGUAGAUCUUAGAAACUUGGGACAUCCAAAAAGUGUUAAAUCAAUUGGUAUUCAAUUGGACUGAGUUCGUGAAUUUGAUUAGGCACGCAAUACGAAUGUGAUAUAAAAAUUUAGCGCGACUCAAGUCGCAUGCCCGUCGUUAAUGUUUUAUCUAAAUCGCAAUAAUUCGUAGCAAACGAGGAUAAACGAGUAAGGAAAUUAAGGAACUGAAGGUGAUGAAAUAACAUUGCUUUUCCUUAUAAUCAUACUAAAGUUUGGGUAGAGCAGCAACGCGCUCGACCGAUCGGAUGACACCAAGUGCUCAAACCGACGGUGAGACCGCUAGUACAAUUACGAAAUAACAUAUGAGCCUCCUUAUCUGAGUUGAAUAGUUGAAACACACAUUUUUAUAGCGGAUUGUCGAAAUUACUGUGAUUUCAAGAUUUUAAAAGGGAAGUGUCGAAUUCUAUGUCCAUUUGUAAAAGGGAAUUUAUGGAUAAUGAUUUCGUACUACUGUACAUUCCUGUAACAUUUUAACAAACAUUAAACAACAAGAAAAAGAAUACAAAUAAAAUUGGCAAUAACGAA